UCUCACUCGCUACAAUAUACAAAGUAAGACAUGGAGUUUUUGAUAGGCAUUCAGGGAAAAGGAUUUAUCCUUAUGGCGUCAGAUACGGCGUCAUGCCGCAGUAUAGUUUCCAUGAAGCAAGAUGUUGAUAAAAUGUUCAAGCUGAGUGACAAAAUCGUUAUGUCCAUAAGUGGUGAAUCAGGAGACACGGUGCAGUUUGCUGAAUACAUCUCGAAAAAUAUCCAGUUAUAUAAAAUGCGGAAUGGCUAUGAACUGUCUCCACAUGCAGCAGCUAAUUUUACACGGCGUAAUUUAGCAGAGUAUCUCAGGACUCGAUCUAGAUAUACAGUAAACUUGUUGAUGGCUGGCUAUGAUCAGACGGAGGGACCAUCUCUAUACUACAUGGAUUAUCUGGCUUCCAUGAACAAAUGUCCAUUUGCAGCCCAUGGCUAUGGUUCCUUUUUUGUUCUCAGUAUACUGGACAGAUACUACAGAGAAGAUCUGUCACAAGAUGAAGCCCUUGAGCUACUUCAGAGAUGUGUCAACGAGAUAAGGAAGAGAUUCAUCAUAAACCUGCCAGCGUUUAAAAUUCGAGUUGUAAACAAAGACGGUAUUCAAGAACUACCCAUGUUAAAACCACAACUGGCAGAAGUUUAACACACAUUGGACAUAAAUACAGGACAAAACCUAUUCAUACAUCAUAUAGCCUUGACAAUGAUGAAGUAGAUCCACACAGCUCAGAGUCAAUCAAGAUUGAAUAUCAGCAAACAUCAGAGCCAGCUGGCUUUGAAGAUUAGUGUGGUUUCCAUUGUCAUAUCAUACAGAAGGAAAUUUUCAACACAGCACUAUACAAAAAGAUGCAGCAUGGGACAUGAAAGUGCUAUUACACAGGAUAAAGGUUAUUAACCUUUAUCAUCAGUCGAUUUCUUUUUACAUCACUGUGUUAUCAUCUUUUUCAUACAAAUAUGAUUGUAAUAAAUAUGAAUGUGAAUCAGA